UGGAGACCCCCACCCUUGGUUGAGGAGAAGUCUGAUCACGUUCAACACACUUUGCAGCGUUGCGGAAGUUGCAGGGCACAACCAUGAGCCACAGUCCAGAGAGGGUGUCUUCAUACCGCCGUCACUUCGAGGGCACCACGGCCGUGCCUUUUGUCCAUCAUGUCCGGGUGCUGAGUCCGUCUCCGGCCCGCAGAGAGCUCCGCCAUCGGUCAGCCAGCUACACCCGACGUGGAGAGACGACGGUGGAGCGCAGGGCACUCUCCAACAGGUCCCGCACGAACAGUAUGGCGACCCUUUGUUUUGGGAUGUCCAUGGGGCUUGGGCCGAAACUGGAUCUGGAUGCUGCUGCAGCUGAAAACCAGGCCUUUAUGAGCACUCGCACCAGUGAGAGGCAGGAGAUGAUAGCUCUCAAUGACCGUCUGGCAGUCUAUAUUGAAAAGGUGCGCACCUUAGAGUCCCAGAACAAGCUACUGGAGGCUGAGAUUGAGGCCCUGCAGGACCGGUACAGCAAGCCAUCAGGUCUCCAGCAGCUGUACGAGGCCCAGCUGAAGGAGCUCAACAGGAUGGCUGAGCAGAUGAGAGUCCAGAGGGACCUGGCUUUGGCAGCGAAGGAGGCCAUGUCAGGGCAGCUGGAGGUGCUGAAGGCAAAGUAUGAUGAUGUUCUUGCAGCCAGGAGGAAAGCUGAGCAGGAGAUUGAGGCUUUCAGGCCGAAUGUAGACAAAGCGACCUCGGCACGUAUCUCUCUGGAGAGGCGGCUGGAGAACCUGGAAGUGGAGCUGGCGUUCCUGCAACGAGUGCACAAGGAGGAAAUCGAGGAGCUGAUGCGACAAAUGUAUUUAUCAACAUCCGAGGUGGACCUGACCUUUGGCCUGCCGGACAUUUCCUCUGCCAUCCGUCAAAUCCAAUCCCAAUAUGACAACAUCGCUGCCAAAAACCUCCAGGAAAUGGAUGCCUGGUAUAAGACAAGGUUUCAGGACCUGGGCAACGCGUCGACCAAACACGUUCAAAGUGUCCGCAGUGUAAGAGAGGAAAUAGCGGGCUAUAAGAAAGAUGUCCUCAGCAAGGAGAGUGAGCUUGAUGCACUGAAAACCAGGAGUGAGUAUUGGGAGGCUCAGAUCCGUGAUGCAGUGGAGAGGCACAAGAAGAAGGAGGAGGUAUUGCAGGAGCGUAUAGAGGCAGUAAAACUGGAACUAAAGGUGACCAAGGAGAAAACUGCUCUGCUGCUGCGGGAAUACCAAGACCUGCUGAAUGUCAAGAUGGCCCUGGAGAUAGAGAUAAUAGCCUACAGGAAAUUGAUUGAGGGGGAGGACAGCCGUCUGAACACCAUGGUCCGCAGCAUGUCGCUGACAGGAGGAGCAGUCAUCCUUGCUGGUACUGACAGCAUCCGGGCUUCCUCAGCCUCAGUUUUUGUGAGCUCAGGCCCUGCCGGGUCUCUGCCUCCGAUGGCUGCGGGGCUCGGUGGAGCCCCCACCAGCAGGACCGAUGAUGGGACUGAGUUGGCCGCGAAUGCUAAUCGGGGACAAGUAGAAGUGAUCUCAUCAGAGAGCCAGACACACAGCUACAUAAAGGAACAAGCGACCGAAAUGUCCGAGAGGAAGACUCUCCUCAUCAGAACAGUUAAGACGGAUGAGGACACUUAUGAGAGUGACACACAGGAGUGCACCAUUACCAUUUCUGGAGCGGCUGAAGACACAGACGAGGAAUAGGAUGUUGAACCCUCUUCCCCAAAUCUUGCUAUGCUAAUCUCUGCUUUACAUUUUAAAUUUAAAGACUAAGUUUGAAGUUCACCACUUCAAAUGAUGUGCCAUGUAUCGCUCUCUGUGCUUUAUCUUUAACCCACUCUCCCCGAGUCUCUCAUUGCUUUCUUGUUUGCUCUUCCUAAUCCUCCUGUGUUAGGAACAUAUCUUUAAGGGAA